GCUAUAAUGUUUAUUUUACAAAAGAAAAAAGAACUAAACAAGGCCUAAGCAAAAGCCGUACCGCCAGGGUUCUCAAUUUUGUGCAUGAUGACAGCGUGAGUCUUGGGUUCACGGGAAUGGUUGACGUGUUGUUUUGACCCGCGUGAUAUAAAAAGCUUAGGCCCUGUUUAGUCGCUCUUAGUAAACUUUACCCUCUGUCAUAUGUAUACGAAACUAAAAAUAUAGAUAGCGAGUAAUUUAUGAGACGAACCUCUAUAAUUAGACACUAUACUACUACAGUAACAAUUAAACUUUAACACGCCAAUCAAACAUACCGUGUAGAUUUUUCGUACCUUUUUUUAAUUAUACGUGCCAUGCAUUGCAAUGCGGUCUUAUUUUAUGAUUUCCAUGCACGCUCGAGGCAACUGCGCGUAGUACGAGAUUAUCCGUACAUGAGACGCGCUUAUCCGUUAUUAUCAGCAUUGCACGAACGACUGAAAUGAGCCAUGCGGAAACUUCCACGGCCGUUCAAUUCGGCAUCAUCCUUGUAUCGGAAAGGCAAUUGAUCCACGGCGUGAAGUAACGCCGUGAUCCGAACGAAGCUUCGCAGCGGACAACCAAAUUCCAACGCGUGUCGACGCUGUUGGGAUAAAAAAAAAAAAAAAGGCGUCUCGACGCGGCAACGGGUCCGAAUCCACCAGCGCCGCCUCGUCUCCGUCCGUUCCCAUUUCCCCUCCAUAUAAAUCGCCCCGACUACAUCGUGUUGUUCCCCGUCGGUCGAUCGAGUAAUCACCACCCAGCCAGUUUUCUGCGCCGCCGCCGUCGAUCGAGUCCGCCGCAGUCGAUCAUGUCGCACAAGGUGGUGGCGACAAUGCCGUUGAUGACCCUCGAGGUGACGAUCGUGUCCGGGGAGGACGUCCGGGUCCCGUCGGGUCGUCCCCUGUGCCACGGCGCCUACGCCGUGGUCCACACGCCGUCGUCCUCCGCGCCCACCCGCGUCGACCAGGACCCGGACUGCCACGGCUACCCGCACUGGGGCGAGGCGGUGCGCGUGGCGCUGCCGGCCGGCGCGCGCUGGUUGGACGUCGAGAUCUGCCGCGCCCACGCCGGGGGCAAGUCGGAGACCGUGGCGGCGGCGCGCGUCCCCGUCGAGGACUUCACCGUCGGGCCCCCGGGCCACCUGCAUUGCCUCAGCUACCGGCUGUUCGGCUCCGCCGAGCGCGGGAUGAUGCGGCGCCGGAACGGCAUCGUCAACAUCACCGUCAAGAGGCUCGACGGUGUCGCGCCGCUUCCGGCCGAAGGAAAGGCGGUGUUCCCGCCGGCAGCGACCGGGAAGGCCGUGGUGGACGCCGCCGGCGCGAGCGGGAGUGGUUCGUGCUGUGGCGCCGCCGCCGUGGAGCAGGGGAAGCCCGCCGCGCCGGCUGGUGCCGUCAUGGGUUACCCCGUCGGGUGCUAGCCGAUUCGGCUUGCUACUACUAACAUCUAGUAGCGCUGUGUAUAUAGACCAAAAUAUUCUACUGGAUCUAAUGUUGGUUUCAGGGUUGCAAUGCGCCAAUGCCUGUCUGAUCUUGCAGUUGGAUCUAAUGUUCUUCUACGAUCUGAUGAAAAUAUAUCUGAUCAUUACUGGCCAGUAUUCAGGGUCGUUUUCAGAUUUUGUUCAUGCAUCGGGCGAUUCGAAGAAUUUAAGAAAGAUUGUCAAAUAAUUUGCUGUA